CGGCCGUGGAAGUUACUGUCUCGCUGCCAUUUUGCAACGUUGUCAACUCGGGUGCAUAUAAACAAGAAAAUCGUGCUGUGCUUGUAUAUUUACUCAUGUAUUUGUUCGAUGGAAUGAAUUGCAGCCUAAAAGUGAUUACAGUGUGUUUGUAAAACUAGGAUUACAGUACAAAAUGGAUAUUUUAUAAGGAUGCCUGAAAUGAUGUCUGCCAUCAAUCCUCUUGAAAGAUGAACAGUUGACACCGUCGACAAGUUAACAGUGUGAUUUGCCAUAUAAAACGAGACUUAAAGUUGGUAAAUGCAAACCUAACCAGUGCACGCAAGAGCAAAGAGACAAUAUGAGGACCGUGGGGUUGUAUCUCGUGGUGAACGCUUUGUGCGUAGCUUUCACGAGAGGUGCCAGCGUGGACACGUUCGAUCAGGAAGGAAAAUGCGAGGAAAUCACGAUCCCGAUGUGCCUGAACAUCGGAUACAACGCGACUCGAAUGCCCAACGAGAUGAAUCACGAGAGUCAAGAGGAAGCCGGUUUGGAAGUGCAUCAGUUCUGGCCUUUGGUCGAGAUCAACUGCUCCAAGGAUUUGAGGUUCUUCCUGUGCUCGCUGUACGCGCCGAUUUGCCUGCCCGACUACCAGAAGCCCCUCCCGCCUUGCCGGGAUCUGUGCAAGCGAGCGAGAGAAGGGUGCGAGCCCAUAAUGAACAAGUACAUGUUCAAAUGGCCGGACCGCAUGGACUGCGAUCAGUUCCCCGUGCAGGGCGAGAACAUGGAGGUGCUGUGCAUGGAUCAGAGCAACGCUUCCAGCAGCUCGGCGACCGUGAAGCCGCCGCCGACGGGCAAGAAGCCGCUGAGACCUUGCAAGCCCGGUUCAAAAAACUGCGCAAGUCCCCAAAGCGACGGAAAAAAGGGAGGAAGCGGCAGAGAGUGCAAGUGCCAGUGCAGCCCUCCUCUGGUCUCUCUGGGGAGAGAACCGACUCUACAGCAAUCCUUGGUAAACAGAAGCGUGGCCGGCGUUUCAAACUGUGCGUUCCCCUGCAAGGAGAAGUACUUCAACGCGGACGAGAAGGAGUUCGCGGCGGUGUGGAUAACGUUGUGGUCGGGGCUGUGCGCGGCCAGCACCUUGAUGACACUCACCACCUUCUUCAUCGAAACCGAACGCUUCAAGUAUCCUGAGAGGCCCAUCGUCUUCUUAUCGGCCUGCUACUUUUUGGUGUCCGUCGGUUACUUGAUAAGAGUGGUCGUUGGCCAUCAGGAGGUCGCCUGUCAGGGUGCCGUCAUUCGGUAUUCUUCGACGGGGCCGAACUACUGCACCUUCGUCUUUCUUCUGGUGUACUUUUUUGGGAUGGCCUCUUCCAUUUGGUGGGUUGUUUUGGCUCUAACGUGGUUUCUGGCCGCCGGUUUGAAAUGGGGCAACGAAGCCAUAACGAGCUAUUCGCAGUAUUUUCACGUGGCCGCGUGGUUGAUACCGACCGUGCAAACUUUGGCGGUGCUCUUAUCCGGGUCCGUUGAUGGCGAUCCGGUGUCGGGGAUUUGCUCUGUGGGCAACAUGAACAUGGAGAACCUAAGAACGUACGUGCUAGCGCCUUUGGUGGUGUAUCUCAUCGUCGGAACGAGCUUCUUACUGGCCGGUUUCGUGUCGCUCUUUAGAAUCAGGAACGUGAUCAGAAAGCAAGGCGGCGCCGGAGCGGGCACGAAAGCCGACAAACUCGAAAAGUUGAUGAUAAGGAUCGGAAUCUUCAGCGUGCUGUACACAGUCCCUGCCACCAUAGUCAUAGGGUGCCACUUGUACGAAAACGCUUUCCACGAAGAGUGGUUGAAGUCGUUGGCGUGCACUUGCCCCAACGCGAGCUUGACCCCGAAAAUUAGACCGCUGUACUCGGUCUUGAUGCUCAAAUACUUCAUGGCUCUCGCCGUGGGCAUCACUUCCGGCGUGUGGAUAUGGUCCGGGAAGACCCUGGACUCCUGGAGGAGAUUGUGGGGGCGCCUGUUCGGCCGGCCGGACUUCUCCGGAGCGAACGCCGUCCUCAUCAAGAACCGCCCCGGCAAACCGCCGCCGCCCCAGUAUUUGAUGUCGGUUCCGCCGGGCAGCGCUUCUCUGCUGGGACCCGCCGGAAGCGUGGCCUCCGCCAGCCAGCACCAUUUGCACCACCACGUGCUCAAGCAGCCCCCGUUAAGCCACGUAUGACAGGCGGGCGAAGGGGCCACGCCGGUGGUGGUUUGCAAUCCCCCUCAUCAGGGUUCAGGCCCGUCUUUGAGCAACUACGGGCCCAUUUGAGUGACCGUUUGGGCCCCUUGCCAGGUUACAGCUCUCUAGUCUCUGUAUCUCUAUUUGGAAACGGAAAAGUGCCAUUUGCUACACUUACGGUGGGACACUGACGAUUUUUUUUUAUACCUUCUUGUACAGCCGAAUUUAUUAUUAGUUACUUUUUGUGUAUUUAUUUAUUUUAAUGGACAAGUGUAUAAAUGUGAUGAUGAUGAAGUGACUUUUACAUACUCAUGUAGGAAGAUUUAUUAUUAACGUGAUCGAUUUCGACUCAUAGACUAGAUUUUACAGGGUUAUCAAAAGGAAUUUGAAACUAUUGGGAAUGUGUUAAAAAAAAAAUUAAAAAAUUAUUUUGCUUUUUUUAAAUUUUUUUACUGCUGGUUGAGGCUAGCCUCCAUGAUUUGUUUUCAAUUUUUAUACAGCGUUAUUUCAAACGAAACUACCCUACAAUUUUCACAUCAUAGGACACAAAAUGGUUUUUUCGUAAGUAAUAUCAUAAGGGCAUUUAAUUUUUCCGAAAAGAAUCGAAAAAACACGUUGCUAAGUGAUAUUUUAACAA